CGCGCUGGAUGGAGGCCAGUCACGUGUGGCUGGCUCCGUUGCCGGGCGAUGAUCCCUGGAACACCGCUGGCAACGUGGGAACAGGGUGCAGGUGGCGCUGCAGGAUAAGCUCAACGGACCCUUCCGCUUCCGAGCGGCGACGAUGAUGGGCGGCAUCUCGGAUAAACACGACCGCGUCUGUUUUGUUACCACCCCUCCGGCGCCGAGGAGCGAUUCAGUGAGAGAAAACCUUGCACCCACCUUCGAAGUGGUGGACCGUUGCCAGAUCGUCACCGAAUUGCCGUCGGCCCGAGCGUCGCACGCCAAUGCCGGCAGUGGCCUCCACUACGCCAAGGUGGUCAUCCCGUUCCCCGGGGCUCCGUCCGUGCUGCGAGGUCCCGCCGACCGAACUCAUCUCGUGCAACGUCUCCGUGACGCUAUGAGCGGGCACGACACCCUGAAGAAGCUACAUGACAGCUGUCGCUUCCAUCUGCGCAUCGGAACGGACAGCUGUACUUUCAUCGUGUUAAGCGCUCCGAUGGAGGUCAUGUCGGCGGAGUGGACGACCGCCACGUUGCUGCAGGUGCUGCAGCAACAUCGCGCCGAACAAGUGGGGCUCAUGUCGCAACUGAACAGUUUAGCCUCCACGGAGCAUCCUGGCGGCCGCAGGAAGAGGCGCUGCGAAAAUGGAGUCGAUUUGGACGGUGCCGACUUCGCUCAUCUUCCACCUCCGCUUUGGACUGCGAUCCUCCUGCAGCUGGACUUGCACACGCAGGCCACAGUCAAAAGGGUGUGCGCCUUGUGGCAGCAAAUUCUCAGCGAACCGCGCAACACGGAGCACAUCAUUUUCGGCUGCCGGUUCUGCAGCAAGGGCGAUGUUCAGUGUUUGAUCGGAAGAGACCACGCCGCGCUCCGACUCCUGUCCGGCUCCAUCCGUUCCGCCACGAAAAGUCUGACGAUCGUCGUCGGGCACCGCCACGAAUGCGACAUAUCCUUCGUCUGCUACCAGCUUUUUUUUGCCUUGAACCCGCGUCUACCGCUGCUCAUUCUGCGCGAUAUCCACCUGAAUUUCGGCGGCUUGGGAGACGAGUACCACUUCUUCCCCAUGCAGAUAUCCUUUUGUUGA